CAGGACGAUGGAGCUCUCAUAUCAAGCGAUCAAAACCGCAAAUCAAGCUAGAGAGGCGGAUGAGCUGAGAACAGAGACCAGGCGAAGAAAUAUACUAAUACUGAUCUAUCACCAUCUCACAGAGCAGGGGUACAUGGAUGCUGCCCGUACUCUGGAUCAGGAGACUAGCGUGGGCCUGCGGAGGUUUGAGGUGUGUGACAAUGUGGACCUGGAGACGGUUCUCAUGGAGUAUGAGAGCUACUACUACAUCAAGUUCCAGAAGCACCCUAAGCUCACCAAGAAAGUCUUUGAACCAGUUGAAAGCCGGCAGCCCAGAAGUUGUGGCAAAAAGCGAACCCCCUGUACUGUGGUCCCACCUCUCCCCAGGAUAGGCUCGUCCCGAAGACCCCAGUCUGGGGUUAAGUCGAAGGCAGAGUCGAAGAUGGUUGCCAAGGAGACUAGUAAACCCUCUAGCGGGAACGGUCACUACUCUCCUCCAGAGUCUUGCGACUUCGGCCUCAACGUCUCCUCCAUCCCCCGCAAUGGAGCAGGGGAGGGGCCUCUGCCACGGAAGCUGAUCGACUACAGAGGUCUGAUUCAGGACGCCCUUAAAGGAGCAGCGACCGACGUGGCUCCCCUGUCCUGCCCCCCAGACCCCGUGGAGCGUCUGCUGAAGCCCAUCAGUGCGCUCAUUGGGAUGAACAGUGAGAUGAAGGAGCUGGCUGCCAUCAUCAGUAGGGACAUCUAUUUAAACAACCCCAACGUGCACUGGGAUGACAUCAUCGGCUUGCAGGCCGCCAAGCGAUUAGUCAAAGAGGCUGUCGUCUACCCUAUUAAGUAUCCUCAGUUGUUUACAGGGAUCCUGUCUCCAUGGAAAGGUUUGCUGCUUUUCGGGCCACCAGGUACAGGGAAGACUCUCCUGGCCAAGGCUGUAGCUACCGAGUGUAACACCACCUUCUUCAACAUCUCCGCCUCCAGCAUCGUCAGCAAGUGGAGAGGAGACUCCGAGAAGCUGGUCAGGGUGCUGUUUGAGCUGGCUCGUUACCACGCCCCCUCCACCAUCUUUCUUGAUGAGCUGGAGUCAGUUAUGGGCCAGAGGACUGGACAGGGAGGAGAGCAUGAGGGCAGUAGGAGGAUGAAAACAGAGCUGCUGGUCCAGAUGGACGGUCUGGCUCGUUCUGAUGACCUGGUGUUUGUUCUGGCCGCAUCCAACCUGCCCUGGGAGCUAGAUCAUGCCAUGCUGCGACGGUUAGAGAAGAGGAUUCUGGUUGGUCUUCCCUCCUGUCCAGCCCGUCAGGCCAUGAUCUCUCAUUGGUUGCCGGCAGUCAGCUGCACAGGAGGGGUGGAGCUACGCACGGAUCUGGCCUAUGAGACGCUGGCACAGGUAUGA